AUGCGUACCCAGUUGGUUCCAGCUGCACGGCUCCAUCGUAUCACCCUGGUAGCAGUCGUGACACUAUUGGCUAGUGCCUUGGUGGUGGCUACGGACUGCAGGAGGAUCAUCAUCGUCAACUCUGGGACGUCGGAGAGUGUUCUUGGGGUCACCGGAUCCAAGCGGCAGUUGAGGGCCCGUAAGCACCAGGGCGACGAGUUUCCCGAAAACCGAGGCCUUAAUUUCAAUAAAGUCCCGGGCGUUGCGAAUGUCCUCCAGAAACUCUCAAAGAACCCGGCCAAAGAACUCGAAGCCGAACAACUCUUCCUCAAGCUGAAUCUCGCCAACGCAAAGUCCACGUUGUUCGAGAACCCGCAGUUUCAAGCGUGGAGUGCCCGAGUUGUAAAAGGGCAUCAAACGAAGCCAGAGGCUGCUCAAACGGCGAUUGCAGCGACUUUGACCAAGCAACUCGGCGAUGAAGCUCUGGCGAAGAUGAUCGCGGCAGCGAAGGAAGUGGAGGGUACUAAGAGUAUGGCUGCCCAAUUGGAGCAGGCGCAGUUGAAGAGCAAUGAACGCAACGCUAAUUACGUGUUCCAGGUGCUUAAGCUUCAUAAGGAGACGUGCAGUCUUCUGUGGAACCCGCUGCUGAAUACCUGGGCGUCCUACGCGAAGAUGCUGAAGGCGGACCCACCAAUGCUGCUGUUCGACAAGAUGAAGGCGCACUAUAGUGACGCAACGAUCGCGAACUUACUGGCCUCAGCGAAGCGGGAGAAUGCCGCGCCGUUUAUUGUGGACGACGUGGAAAAUUUACUGUUUGAUACGUGGAUGGCCAAAGACAGACUAGGGACGAGAUUUUCACGCUUCUGGGACUGA